CGUAAAAUCUCGAUCUCGUUUCACUUCGCGGGGUUCUUGCGGGCAACCGAGUCGUGGACAGGUGUUCUCCCUGCGUGUUCCUUCGUGAAAUUAUGUAAGGUCGUCCAAAAAUUCUGGCACAGAAACGCGACGGUGGUAACCCUUCUCUCAGAUGCAUGAUCGAGAGUGAAAGCGUAAGCAUCGCUCGCGUGUUCACUUCUUGCUGGAAUUACACCGCGUACUCCGAAACAAGGCGCGCGAUUGUUGUUAGAUUGUGACAUUGUCGAUCGUCCUGGACAGAGAUGCGAUCACCAUUCGGUAUCUACGUGGUUCUCUUCCUCCUGGUUGCAUCCUCGAUCGCUGAAUUCGAGGAUCACUUCGAAGAUUGCCAUCCAAAUGUACCAGGGUUCGACGCGUGUCUCCGAGAAGCGUUGAAUGCCAUUCGACCUUAUUUCAAAACUGGACUCGCCAAGUACAACGUCGCUCCGUUCGAUCCAUUCUUCGCUAGGGAAGUGUCGGUGACACGAGGAAUGCCAAAUUUUGGCUUUACUUUAACGCUGAGGAACGUCACCGAAACUGGAUGGACCGCGAGCAAAGUGACAAAAUUCGUCAGUGAUUUGCCACACUACAAGGUUGUUUACACUCAGAGUUUCCCAGAGAAAUUUCUGGCAGGCUCUUACGAAUUCAAUGGGUCCAUAUUUGGAUCGUCCAUGCGCAACAAAGGAAAAUUUACAUUGGCCCUGUAUGAUCUGAUUCAGACGACUACUGUGACCAAACGACCAGGACAGAAGAUCCAAGUGAGCGUCGACGUGCAAACUAUCAGAGAUUUGAAACUUCACAUCACGAACCUGCUCUACGGCCGGCAAAUACUCGAAGACAUUCUCGAUAAAAUAAUAAACGGUGCCUGGCAACCGGGAUUCGUAAUGACCAGGCGUCUAAUCAACGAUCUGGUCUCCACCGCGUUCACAGAAAUAUUUGGGACCGCUUUUCGUAAUUUCCCUUUCGAUAAAAUCAUCAAAUCGAAACCUAGCGCACGAUAACAGAAUUUCGCGACCAGAUAUUUUCUGCUUUAAUAACGAUUUUUGAUUUUCUGUAAGCGAAACGAUAAUAUCAUCGUUGGUUAUAGAAUUACCAGCCUUUCUCGUCAUAGAAAAAUUCCAUUCGUGCAUUAAUUAGCAAUCGUUAUCGUAAGCUGCGAUCUUCGUUUCUUCUCCGCGAAAAAUACGUGUAAGGUGUCUCUGAAUAAGCGAUGCAUGCAAUAUCUAAAUGUCACGAGAUACGAGGAAACUUGAAAAAUAGCCAUUCGCAACGCAGUAUCUGGCAGUGUCGAGGAAAACAGUUUUUCCUGAAUUUUUUACGAUCGUGCCAAAGCCUCUUGGCGUUCUUUGAAUAGAGACGGUUUAUCGAAAUUCGCGAAGAGAUCGAGCGAUCGAACCAGUCAGCAACGAAGAUGUCUGUCGGUCUGUUGCGAAAUCGAUCGAUCGUUUUAUAGGUGGUUUUCGUUUCCUAGUAGCCUUUACCAUUAAGCAACCGUUUCAUGGCUCUGUCGUCUUAGGGGCAUCCUAUAUGACGAAGCCAGGAGAGAAGAAGAGGUUUUGCCCUUCUGUUAAGAUAGCUGUUUACCUUGAGAAGUGGUCGGUCUCUGAACUCACAUUCUCAUGGUGUGCGAGCAUGGUGUAUCAUCAUUCGUGCAUCGAUUCUCGAGUCGAGUGGAAUCUAUAGAUCAUUCAUAACGAUUUCUGCGUAGAAACGAAGAUGUACAAUAACAUAUGGGAACAAUUUCGCAAGUCGUUUGGGUUACUCACUUUCUGUUCAGUAUUUUAAUUUUAAGUCUGGCAGAACUCUAUCAAAUAAGCUAAUAGCAAAGUAUUACACCAAAUGUAAUCGACUCGAGGUUUGUGGAUUCGUCGCACGUGCAAUGUGCGCACAACACGCUGUCAACGAAAGCAUUACCGUUCCAUUUUUUAUAAUGAUCGAACGCGGCCAGAAUCGAUCGUGGUAACGACAAGUUACGAUGUUCGUUAACGGUGCUUAACAUUCCUCGCUAAGUCUGCCGACUUUUGUGACGUCCACGCUCUGACGUGUGCUUACUUUCGAUCUACCUGUCGCAAAUUUUUAUGGUCGAUUAUCGAACACUACGAGGCGCGGGAGUGCUUCAUUUUGAGUCAUAGUCUGUCGACAAGACACAAGUAUUUUUCUCCAAUUAUGGGUGACUGCUGCGAGGGGACUCUUGUACACCUUUUCGUUCAACGUUACAGUAAUCCUUCAACUUAUCGAAAGUUCUAGUUAUUCCUUUUUUUUUGUGACUAUUAUGUAUCGAGCAUCAAUAAAUGACCGUAGUAUCGAGA